CCGAACACCCGCGGCAUUGGUUUUAGCAUAUCUGCGCUUCAUCCAUUUAUGAGGUUCUGCAUUGUCCGGCAUCAAUCCAAGAAAUCAAAGUUCUCCAUGAGACGCCGCUCCUCCGGCGGAGCAAGAUCCCGGCAGCUAGAAGAUGGCUAUCCACGUGGAGGGGCUGGUGGCGAUCAUUCUUUUCUACCUGCUCAUUCUUUUCGUGGGGAUAUGGGCUGCGUGGAAAAAUAAGAACUCGGGGAUGGCGGGAGGAAUAGACCGCAGUGAGUCCAUCAUGGUCGGCGGGAGAGAUAUAGGAUUAUUCGUCGGCGGAUUUACUAUGACUGCGACUUGGGUUGGAGGUGGCUACAUCAACGGCACCGCUGAAUAUGUUUAUUUACCUGGGUACGGGUUAGCCUGGGCGCAAGCUCCCUUCGGAUACGCUCUCAGCUUGGUCGUGGGAGGUCUGUUUUUCGCGAAGCCCAUGCGCUCUAAGGGUUACGUCACAAUGCUGGACCCCUUCCAGCAGAUGUACGGUAAACGGAUGGGGGGGCUCCUCUUCAUCCCCGCGCUCAUGGGGGAGAUAUUCUGGUCAGCGGCCAUUCUCUCCGCGCUAGGUGCCACUCUGAGCGUCAUCGUGGACAUCAAUAUCAACAUGUCAGUCAUCAUCUCGGCUCUCAUUGCCAUCUUCUACACCCUGGUGGGGGGGCUGUACUCCGUGGCCUACACCGACGUGGUGCAGCUCUUCUGUAUCUUUCUGGGACUGUGGGUGAGCGUACCUUUUGCAAUGUUAAACCCAGCUGUGAAGGACAUCGGCAUCACGGCUGUGACCGAUGUUUAUCAGGAUCCAUGGCUGGGCACCAUCAAUCCCUCUGAUAUUUGGAUGUGGCUUGACAACUUCUGCUUACUGAUGUUAGGAGGGAUUCCCUGGCAGGUGUAUUUUCAACGGGUUCUUUCUGCCUCUUCAGCUACCUACGCUCAAGUCCUCUCCUUCCUGGCUGCUUUCGGCUGCCUAGUCAUGGCCGUGCCUUCGGUCCUUAUAGGGGCCAUAGGGGCCUCCACAGACUGGAACCAAACCACCUAUGGAUCUUUGCAACCCAUGCAGAAAGAGGAGUCUGACAUGAUUCUGCCCAUAGUGCUGCAGCAUCUCUGUCCACCUUACAUCUCUUUCUUUGGCCUGGGGGCUGUGUCGGCUGCUGUGAUGUCAUCUGCUGACUCAUCAAUCCUGUCAGCCAGCUCCAUGUUUGCUCGGAACAUCUACCAGCUUGCCUUCCGACAGACGGCGUCGGACAGAGAGAUUGUGUGGGUGAUGAGAAUCACGAUCUUCGUGUUCGGGGCUCUCGCCACUGCCAUGGCACUGCUGACGGGGACGGUCUAUGGCCUGUGGUACCUGAGUUCUGAUCUCGUCUACGUCAUCAUUUUCCCCCAGCUGAUCAGCGUGCUGUUCGUCAAGGGCACCAACACAUACGGCUCUGUGGCGGGAUACGUCUUUGGCCUGAUUCUCCGGAUUAGUGGGGGGGAACCUUACCUCAGACUGCCACCUUUUAUUUAUUACCCGGGAUGGUAUACACAGGUGAAAGAGCACCCUUUAACGGGAGAGAUAGAGCAACUCAUUGUGCAAAAGUUCCCCUUCAAGACCAUGUCGAUGCUCUCUUCUUUCCUCGGGAAUGUGGUAUUCUCCUAUCUCAUGAAGUACCUCUUCGAAAGCGGGACGCUGUCACCAAAAUAUGACUUCCUGGAAGCGGUGGUCGCGAGACACAGUAAAGAGAACAUGGACAAAACCACUCUGGUGAACAGUGACAAUAUCGUGCUGUCGGAGUUAGCCUCGGUGAACCCCAGACUCAGUACAACUCUGGCAGGCACAUUCACGAACAAAGAAGCGCUCAGUGACGAGGACACGAGCCCUGAGACUUCCAACAACGAAAACGACGAAUGACGUUGCAGAGCUUUUUAGAAAGUCUUGACAGAGUGUGAAUUAAAAAAAGAACAGAUGAACGUGUAUAAAUAAAGUGAGCAAUGGCGUCACCAAGGUAAAUAUAAAUAUUUUGUUUUUCUGGAUAUUCCAUUUUAAAUGCUGCUAUAUAAAGGCAUUUGUAAACAAACCUAGGCAUAUGAAGCUUAAUUAGUAGAUUUAAUAAUGUGAACAACAGCAUCCAUAGAAGAGAGCUGAAGGGAUUUGCUGUGAGUUGAAAACUAGUGCAAUAUUAAACCAGAGGAAGACUAUAUCCACCAUCCUACAGGGUGCAGUAACUUUCAAUAGGUAUGUUUAUACUUCUGAUUUCAUAUAUUUAUUAUUAAUAUAUUAUUAAUAUUCAAUAUUUUGGUGAGAAUUAUUUUGAAAAUACUGUAAUCAGAUUGUGCAAUACAGCGUACAAAUUUUUUUCUGACAAAACCCAAAAUUAAUUAGGGUGUGUAAUACUGCAUCUGAAAUCUCUUAGUUACUUUCAAGUUCAUGAUGUAUUUUCUUAAAUUAAUUUACUUUCAGUAAUUGUUAGUUCACCUUCUGUAAUGUAUGCCAAUAGACAUCAAGUACUAUUGACUCAUUUUAUCUUUCAAACAAUUAUAUAAAAUGGUGUCACUGUACACUCAAAAGCUAUACCUUUGUACUUAAGGCAGAACUACAAACCCAAAGUGUUUAAUAGUAAAUAAGUAAUGUAUUAAUAAAUACCAUUAAUGAUCAAUAAUGCCAUGAAUGUUCUUCCAUUAUUUUUCUAGCUAUACAUUAACAAAAUAAUACUGCACCACUUCUUAAUAAAUAAUUUAGAAUGUCUAAUAAGUUUGGUCUAAAUCUGUCUAGCUUUUGAAAACUUCAGAAAUGUAUGUAUGGGUAGUUUUAACACAAGGAAAGCACUACUGAGAGAUUUUCUCUUAUACAAUUUAUAAACUUAAACAGAAAUAAAGACUAUCUGAUUUUUUAAAUUUACUGACUACAGGUAAGAAAACGUGCAACUGUGUAAGAAUCUAGUCUGGAGAAGAAAUUGUUUUGUUUGGUCAUUGGUGCUGUUUCAAUAACACGUUAGGUUGGGAAAUGAAGCAUGUGGUUCAUGUGGUUAAGACACAGGCAAAACCAUUUCUCCUGAGGCUGGGAUGAAGGAAUGGUAAUGCAGUCUAAUGUUGGUUCUACAGUCAACGAGCUAGAUUUUAACUUCAAACCAGGAUAAUAAGGCCAGUCUGAGGCAUCACGUUUUAGAAAUCAAAAUUACUCAACUGUUGUCUUAACUGGUGUGUAGUGUAAACAGCAAAAAGGACAAUACAUUCCCAAGGUUCUAACCUUUCAUAGAAGGUCUCAAAGUUCUUGGUGCUAGAACCUUGUGUAUUCCAUAUACAGCAUUUUGUUUUGUGUUUCCGGGGGUCAUCUAUUGCUUUACCUUUUUCAGAGCUACAGUAGGUAUUGUUAAAUCUGAAUAUACUGUGUGUUUAAGAAUUGACUAAGCGCCUUAAUCUAUUCAUCUGGGAACUGUCUGAUACUAUGCAAAAUGAACCGUAUCAGGCACAUUGUGAUACAUGAAUUUGAAUGUAAGUCUUCUAAUGACAGAAACAUACAAAUCAAAAGGCACCAGAUACAUAACAUUUUUAACAUUCUCAAAUGGUAGGUAAUGUGGUAAGUCCACAAAUUUGAAGGCUCAGAAGUGAACCUUUUCACACUUAUUUUGCUCUUGUAUAAAAGCUAAAAAUCAUAGUAAUGUCUGUUGUUAGACAGGCAAGUAUUUGUGACUAUUUCUUGUAAAAAUGUCAAUGUAUAUUUUUGUCUGUGACACAUACUGUAUAUGUGUGUUUCCAAUGCAAUAGAUCUGUUUUCCAGUGUGCCAAUAGAAGUAGCUUUUCAUGAAAGUGAGAAACUACAUAAAUCUCUAUUUAUUUAUGAGGUGUCAAUAUAUAAAUUGUUAAAUAUGUGAUGUAAAUUGAAUAAAUUAUAUUAUUUAACAACUGAA